CGCUGUCCUCUCCUUGCUCGCUCACUCCCACCCUUCUCCCCCCUCCCCCAUGGAGCCAGUGAGCAGAAAGAGAGAGGGGAUCCCGACGAUCGAGAGAGAAGAUUCCGGCUCCGUGAGGUGGCCGGCGACCGCGAUGGCACAAUUCCCCUUCACCCCCACCCCAGCGCCCCACUCCCCCAACACUCCUCACUGUCUUCUCCCCCUUCUCGUCGCCGGAUCUGAAGAAGGGCCGCCGGCGUCGACCUGCCGUUGUCGCCGAGGUUGGCGCGGGUGAGGUCGGGUCUCGUUGUCCCCACAUCGAGUGCGCAGAGCUCCGCCUCGAUUCGGCACCGCGUCGCGGACUAGGAGCCGAUGAGAAGGGGAUGCUUCUGGCAGAGCAGGCCACGGGCGCCGGCGGCGCCAACCCUUGCGACCAGGCGACGGCAAGGGCGCCAAUCCCCUCCAACCAGCCCCCGCAUCCAGCACGGGGUCGGCAGUGGUGGGGGUGGCGCAGCGUGCAUCGACGACGAUGUGGAGAUGCGCGCGGUGGAUUGCUCGAGGGCGUAGAAGCGCACGGCGUGCCUGACAUCUUAACCUCCCCCGCGCACCCGUUCCCAUGGCUGGUGGCAGCGGAGCCGAGGAGGGCCACUGCAGAGAGGAGUUCCACCGACAAAAGGAUGGCGUCGCGUGUGUGAGGCGGGCCGGCGCAGUGGAGGCGGGCUCUCCACUGAUGCUCUCCUCUAGUUCCUGCCAUCGUCCUGCUUCCCUGGGCUCCCCCGUGCUCACCAGCACGUCCCCAAGGUGUCUGCCGCGAGUUUUGCAUCCUCCUCAGCGGCGGCCGCUUCCAGAUGCGGCGGGUACUGAUGCGCCGCCGUCUAGCGUAGCACGCGCCCAAGCUGGAGCGAUUCUUAUGCGUCUCUUUUCUACAGCGAGCUCCACCAUUGCACAUAUGGUACGACGACAUUUUUUCGGUUUGAACCAUUGGGAUUUUUAGUACUAGUUUGUUUGUCACUCUUAUCUGUUACGGCAAAUUCAUCUUUCCGUUUUAUAGGAUGGUAAAUCUGGGCUUUACUAUCACAGCAAAACUGUGUUCUUAUUUGUUUAUCACGCCAUGAAAGUCUAUGCAUCUUUUAGUC